GCGCAAUAAAUGAGAUUUUCGCAUGUAUAGGUCAUCAGUAGUUUCGUCAUUUAAGUUUAGAGCAUUUCCCUAUUUUUUCGACUUUGGUGUAGCAAGCGAAUCUAUCUAAAAAUUAAUUACUGAGGCCGAGAUAAUUUCAUGGUAUUUUUAGUUUCCAAAAAUUAUGAUUUGCUUGUCGAGCUACAUCACUUAUAUUGCUUGAAAUACUAAUUUAAAUACUCAGAGUUAAACUUCGGUCAAAUGUCAAAGCUUCUUUUAUUAACGCACCCACGCCAGAUUAUACUUCCUUGUGAUGAAGCUGCAACUCGUUCUGUCAUUUGCUAUUUGUCUCGAAGUAGAUUACCGUUCCAUGUUGAUCAUAUUUUAAACGCUGAUUCAUGUUCUCCUGAUCACUUACUCCCUGUUACUAUUCUUAAUGGCUCUAUUGUGACUGGUUACACUUCUUUGUGUCUGCGUUUGAGUAUAUUAAAAGCCAAUAAGGAUAUUAAUCUUAAUGGUUCUAAACUUACUUCACGCAGUUUACGACAUUCUUACUUAUUUUGGAUUUCUGAUACAUUACGGAAUGUAAUGCUUUAUUUCACCUGGUUUCAUGAAUCUACCUAUUCGAAUUUGACUUACGAACGUCUUAAAUCUUCUACACCGCGUUUGCUAACUGGAUUUAUUGCCAAACGAAAACGACAACAACAUCUUCGUUUUUUGGAAUCUAUUGGUUGGGAUAAAAUGAGUACAAGUGAUAUCGUGAAAGAUAUGGAAGCACUUUGUGUCAGUAUUGUUGAACUACUUGGUAAUGGCCCAUUUCUAUUUGAACGUAGUACACCUGGGAAGGUUGAUGCCCUUUUGUAUGGACAUUGGACUGUAUUUUGCGAGUUUUCAGAAUAUUUCGUUUCACUAAAACCUGUUUUAGAUAAAUAUCCCGCUAUCAGCGAUCUUAUCAAGCGUGUUGCUGAAAUAUGUGAUCAACCGCUUAGUUCAAAAUGGUUGUCGAUUUCACCUACUCCCUUGUCGAAACUCGACAAUUAAUGAAAACUAAAAUUGUUGCAUGUAUAUGGUCGCCGAAGACGGACUUGAUUGCUUUAGGUUCAGAAAGUGGGUGUGUUUCUGUGCACAGGUAUAAAAUGACAUGUAUUUGGGAGUGUGAUAAAUCAGAUCUAGGCAGUGUAUCUAAUUUGACUUGGAGACCGGAUGGCAAAAUAUUAACAGCUGCAUUCUCAUCUGGUAAAGUAUGCUUCUUUGUUGUUGGUGAUGGAUUCGUUUUUCAUGAGCUACAAUUUCCCAGUACAAUUGAUUAUCUUCUAUGGACCAAUUAUCAAAGUCCAACUACAAAUACCAAUAAUAGUAAUUCAGAGAUUAACUAUCUUAAGAAUAAUGUAGCUACAUACUUUCCAGAUGUGAAGCAUUUAUCUAUGUUUAAAUCUGAUGUGAACUUCUCAUCUUCUGAUGUUUGUAAAUAUGCACAAUUACUUAGAGAUAUCGAUGGCAACAAUUUUCCGAUACUUACAGUUUAUUCGAAAAAUACAGUUUAUUUUUACGGGUUCGGGGUAUUCGAAAUCGCUGCUUAUAAUUUACAUUCAGCUGAUGAUACAUUGAAUCAUACUGAUACAUCCAAGCUUAUCAGUUGCCAUUUAUCAGCUGAACAAAAUAUACUUUUAAUAACUGAAUCGUUUCUUAAUGUCGACGGACAAUGUAAUGUGGUCUGCCGUAAGAUCCCAUGCGAUGGAUUUCAGAAGUUUGGCUAUCAGCUAAUGAGACUAUCAUCACAGGCUUAUUCAAUUAAAAUUACGAAAUCUUUAUUAGACUGGAGUUUCAAUCAAGUAUGUAUUUGUUGGGAAGAUAUGAUUUUAGAAAUGGACGCUAAAUUCACAAAAUAUGCUCGUAAACGCUUGAAACAGAAUAAAGAUUGGUCUUUAUGUGUGGAACUAUUACAGUUCAUUCUUUUUGGCCAUUGUUGUCCUGAUUUGCGAAAAUUCCUUGUUGAAGAUUGGACUGCUGCUAGUUUAAAACGUACUGGCACAGCAACUUUAAAAGCUUAUGAAUCAAUCAAAACGAUAUGCUUUCAACAAAUUCAGUUCUUCUUACAGCGUCUUCUAUUCCAUGUAUCUGAAGUUCUGGGCAGUUUACGAGAUACAGAAUUAUAUCAUGAAUUACAAAUUCCAGCAUCUACAGCUUUAAACCUUUUACGAACGAUUGGAAUGACUUUGCAAAAAACUCAAGAAUUACAGUUAGUAAUUGAGAAGAGUCUUACACAGUUACGCGCUUUCUUUAAAUGGUUAUACGGUGCUAUACUCGAACAGUCUGGACGUCUUCUACCUAAUGAUUUUCCACGAGUGAAUCUUACUGAACGUGAACUUGUCAUAAAUUUUAUUACCGAAUCAUUACAACCUGUAUUUGUUCAAGGUGAAUUACAAAAUUAUCAGGUUGAUUUAGUUGAACAAUAUAUUCGAUCUGGUGAAGUGUAUAAACCUUUAGAAGUUGUUGCACAAUCUUCUCUAAAAAAUGAUAAAGAACGUGCAAGUUUACGAAAGGCGCUUGAAGAAAUUAUCGAUCAAAGUGAUGAAACACUUUUACCAGAUGGUUUGUACCAUUAUUGUUCUCGUACUACUUUGGCUGAUUUAAUUCAAAAGAAAAUGGAUUGUGAAAUAAGGAAUUUAAUUAAAUUGCCAUCGAAUAUAAAUACCACUCGUGGUUGUCUAGAAAUCAGUUGUCAAACUCGGCAAAUCUUAUUAACAGGAGAAUCAUCAAAUUUAAUAAGUUUUGGAAUUCAUUUUACAACUAUUAAUUGUUCUGAAGAAUCUGGUGAAAUGAAAUCUUCACAAACCAUUUUAAAGAAUAAUAAUAAUAAAUCAAGAACAAUUUUAAUGGCUUAUACUAUUGGUGAUGAGAAAUCAGGUUUUAAUUCACUUCUUACAAUCGAAUUAAAUAAUAAUAGUAGUAAUAAAUCUGAAUUUAAAAGUAUGAAUGGUGUUGAAUUGUUUUUGGAUGCAAUACCUGGGGAUACUAAUCCUGCAAAUUUGCCAUACGAACUACAAGAUAUGCAGUUUUAUUCAUCUCAAAUACUUCUACUAAUUGUAUCUCGUCGUUCAAAGCACAGUAAAGUUUCAUCGAUUCGAUCAUCACCUAAAAUAAAUGUGAAUAGUAUAAAAAUUGAUGAAACUUUGUUGAAUCGUGAAUUAUCAUCGUUAACAUCAACGAGCAGUGAUUUAAUGCAUAGUUGGCUUGUUAUGGUACCGAUUCGUGAUGUAUUGAAUAGUGUUGAAAAUUUUAAUGGAGAAUCAUUAAAACAAACGAAUACAAUUGCUUCAGUUGUCAAUGAAUCAAUUCACACUAAUUUACCAAGAAAAAAUCUAUCUGAAUUCAUUACACGCGGAAAUAUUGAAGCAUUACCGUGGCACGCUAUUAAAUUAACAACUAAUGGUGAUCGUUCAAUUGUUUUUGUUCUUUUCGAAAAUUAUUCUACAUGUCGUGUUUAUUUAAUGGAACGACCAGAACCAGACGAAACUAUGGUUGUUGAUUAUGCUGCCAGUGAGAGUCAUCUACAAGCUACUAAUAAUAGUAACGAUGUCAAUAUUGUUGGUGUUGAUGAUACCGGUGUUGUUGCUGGAACUAGUCACGUCAUUGGAAAAGUAUAACCACUUAUUGUAAAAAGAGAUUUGUAAACCUGUAUUCUAGAUUUACUCUUUUUUUUCAAUUCAAUGUUAACUAUCUUAUUGUAACAUAAAUAAAAUUCGUGCUUAUAUUUGUCCCCUUGUGAAAUUUUGAUUUAUAAUUAAUUGCCUGAUGUGUUAAAGUAUUUUUUUAUUGUAUUGCCAACAAACUUUACAAUAUUGUCAGAUAAAGUAUGGUGUAUCAUUCUACACUGUGAGUAGCUUUUUGAUUUAGGUGGAGUUUUUUUUUCUCUGAGUUAGAUCGAGUUUGAUCGACUCAUAGUUAAUAAUCGGAAACUAGUUGUAAACAUACUUCACGAAUGGAAUUAAAGAGACAUGAAGUUAUUUCUGAGUUUGUUAAUACUAGAUUUUUAGGCACAUUCAUUAAAGAUUGUCUGAACAUUUAGACCACCGUAAUUAAAUUAUGAACUACAUUAUCAUCUGUUCCGUCUAUAUUAAUUUCGUUAAAUAACUAAAUAAUUCUUCAGUUCAUCAUAAUUAAAGUGAAGGCCAACAUAACCUAAUUUUGAUGUACCUAUAUAAGCAAGGUGCGAUGAAAUUAACCGGAUGAUUAUCAAAGUAAUAGUACUGAUAAGGAUGAAGAUUAAACAAUGGGAACGCUGUUUUAAAAAAGCAAUGAAAAGGUGCCACUAAUACUCUGGGAUCUACCGCAACGAUUUUAUCUCACUGUGGGUUCUAGAGAAAUACAAAGAACAUGCAUUUUAACUGAUUCGUAGUCAUUUCACUCAACAUAAGCUGUUAGUCGCAACAAGCCAGUAGACCUCAACCAUGUAGUCUGUAUCUACCAACAAUCAAUAAACUGGUAUAUUGAUGCCACAUCUUUAUUUGACCGUUCCUAGAUUGGAUAAUACCUGUUUGAUUAUAGCAUCAGUUUAGUCUUAUUUAAAAAUAAAUCUUUAUAUAUUCCAUUUUGAUUUGCUUAGAUAUCAACUUAUGAUCAAUGAUCAAUCCUCACCAUCAUAAUGUCCCGUGAUAUUUCUCCAUUAUUUACAUCACUCGUUUCAUCCAUAAGACCAACAAUUCCAGAAUUAUCACCCACUUUUAAGGAGGAGAAGAAGAAAAAGAAAAAUUCACCUACUGGUUUUGAAUUUUCUUUUCAGACACGUGCUGAAAGUCUUCAUUCAAGUCUUAAAGUUUUAUCAAAUUAUUUAAAACGUAUUCACCAACUAACAGCUGGUACAUUAGGUAAUUCAACUAAACAACGUUUACACGCUGAAUUAACUGAAAAUGUCACUGUUUUGAUUGAACAAUGUACUUUAUUGUUAGCACAAUUAAAAGAUCUAAUUCAUACUACAAAAGAUAUUAAUCAAAGCAAAACUUCAAUUCAUGAUGAUUCGAAUAUUAAUAAUAAUCAUAAUAAUCAACUUAUAUCACAUCGUUUAACAAUUCAUAAACUAUUAAGUGAAGAAUUGGAUUCUUUGAAAAAGAUUCGUGAAAGUGAAAUCAGGAGACAACAACGUCUUAUCGAGUUUUCAGGGAAUCUUGCUACUGGUGUACGUUCUGUUGCCGAUUGUGGUGCAAAUGUUACUGCCUAUUUAAAGCGUUCCAAAAAAUAUGAUAACAAUGAUACAAAGUUAAGAAGACGUGGCGAUAAUAAGGAUAUUAACAAAAAUAAUGAUGUUUUAAACUAUCAUGAAUCUCGACAAGAAGAAAAUUUCACAGAAAAUGAAUUACGUACACUUGAAGUUGAAAAUCAAAUACUCUAUCAACAUUUUACGCAAGAGAAAGAUGAACUGCAUCAAGUAGCUAAAAAAAUCUCCGAAAUCGGUCACCUAAACCAAACACUAUCAGAACAUCUUAUGGAACAAUUAGAGACAACUGAAAAGAUAGCUGACUCAUCUGUAACUGCUACUGAAUAUAUUCGUCAGGGAAAUGAAUUACUUCGUGAAGCAAUCAAUUCUAAAGCAACUGUACAAUUUUGGAUGCUUUUUAUCCUUAUAAUCUUAACAUUUUCUCUACAUUUUCUUGAUUGGUUCUAUCCAUAAAUACAAAAAUUUUCCUUGUUUUUUUGUUCUAUUUUCUCACUUAAUUAUUCUGUGAUAAGCAAUAUUAGACUAACUAUGUAUGUAAAACUUUGUCAUCUACUACUGUUUUCUUUUCUCAAUGUAUUUGACCUCGUUAGCGAAUCAUUUGUUAUUGUGUUGAUCCGUAAUCCCUGUUCAUGUAUAAUGUACAUUUCAAUAAAUAUACAAAGAUAUUCGAAAAGUAAAUAGUAUAAAGUCAGUUUACACUACAAAUUCAUAUAAUUUUCAGAACCAAUAAACCGUGGACCGAUAUUUUUGUUUUGUACCC